AUGGAUUAAUAAACAGAGUAAGACAAACUUGAAUCGAUAGCUACUCCAGGAGUAUUAGAUAAAUAUUAAAAUGCAGGCAAGAUUACAAAUAUUGUUCUUGAAAAAGUGAUUGCUAAAUUAUAACCAGAUGCUGAUAUUGCUUCAAUUUGUGCCUUUGGUGACUAAGAAAUCAAUGGAGAAUUACAAAAAGUGUAUAACAAGAAAGGAAUUGAAAAAGGCUUAGCAUUCCCAACAACAAUUUCUGUAAAUUAAGUUUGCGGUCAUUAUUCUCCAUUAAAGAGUGAAUCCAGUAAGCUUGUCAAGGGUGAUGUAGCCAAAAUUGAAUUGGGAGUUCAUAUUGAUGGGUAUAUUGCCAUUGCAGCACACACAGUUGUCGUAGGUGAAGAUCAAGUUGAAGGCUAAAAGGCAGAUGUCAUAUUGGCAGCUUAUUAAUCAGUCUAAGCUUUAUUCAGAUCAAUAAAACCAGGAGUCACUAAUACAGCUUUGACUAAAAUUAUCUAAUAAGUAGCAGAUGAUCACAAAUGCACACCAUUAGAAGGUGUUUUGAGUCAUGAGGUUAAGAGACACUUCAUUGAUGGAAACAAAGUCAUAAUCAAUAGAGAAACACAAGAAUAAAGAGUCGAUGAGGAAGAAAUUCAAGUCAACGAUGUUUUUGUGUUAGAUGUAUAUAUCACAACAGGAGAUGGAAAGACCAAAGAAUCUGAAUUAAGAACCACAGUUUACAAAAGAGCUUUGGAUAGACAAUAUCAAUUAAAGACUAAACAUGGAAGAGCAUUCAUGUAAGAAGUAUAUGACAAAUACCCAUCUUUGUGCUUCUCAUUGAGAGCAUUUGAAGAUGAAAUCACAGCUAAGAUGGCUAUCUAAGAAUGUGCUAAACAUGAAUUAUUAAACCCAUAUCCAGUUUUAACCAGUCAAAAUGGCAUUGUAGCAUAAUUCACAAUAACUGUUGCUGUCUUAGCCAACAGCACUCUUUAAGUUUCUGGACUCAAAUUAGAUGAAACCAAAUUCAAACCUGCUCAUGAUCUUAAUGAUGCAGCACUUAAAGAAUUAUUAAAGUUACCUAUGGACAAGGAUUCCCAAAAAAAAAGACAUUUAGAGUAAAAACAAAAAGCUUGAUGAUAUAUAUAUCAAUAGUAAUAUAGGUAUAUUAGUAUUAUAUUAUCUCA